CGAUGUUCUUCUUCAACAUUCUUAUAAUAUAAAAUAUAUUUUGGAUACCAUAUCCAGAUAAUAGACUCAAGCGAUUUUCAGCAUUGUCGGUGGUUUUACGUCACGGCACGUUUUUCCAAACCAAAAGUGGAAAAAAGAACACCUUUUUAUCUCAAAACAAUCUCGAAUUCUCUCCUUCUUCUUCUUCUACAGCUCCACGACGUCGUUUCAGACAUGUCUUACGACUACCUUUUCAAGUACAUCAUCAUCGGCGACACAGGUGUAGGGAAAUCAUGCCUGCUCUUACAAUUCACUGAUAAGAGGUUCCAGCCGGUCCAUGAUCUCACCAUCGGAGUUGAGUUCGGUGCUCGGAUGGUCACCAUUGAUGGUCGUCCAAUCAAGCUCCAAAUUUGGGAUACUGCUGGGCAAGAAUCGUUCAGAUCCAUCACUAGAUCUUACUAUAGAGGAGCAGCCGGAGCACUUUUGGUGUAUGACAUAACCAGGAGAGAGACUUUUAAUCAUUUGGCAAACUGGCUUGAGGAUGCUCGGCAGCAUGCAAAUCCCAACAUGACAAUCAUGCUAGUAGGUAACAAGAGUGAUCUUGCUCAUCGGAGGGCCGUCAGCAAGGAGGAAGGAGAGCAGUUUGCAAAGGAAAAUGGGCUUUUAUUCCUGGAGGCAUCUGCAAGAACCGCUCAAAAUGUUGAAGAGGCCUUUAUCAAGACUGCUGCAAAAAUCCUUCAGAAUAUUCAGGAAGGCGUGUUUGAUGUAUCGAAUGAGUCGUCUGGCAUCAAGGUUGGAUAUGGACGCUCUCAAGGUCUGUCGGGCUCAAGAGAUGGAACGGUCGCUCAGAGAGGCGCAUGUUGCAGCUAACUUGAACAGUUACAGGGUAGUUUCUAUAUGUGAUGAUACCUUGUUAUGGAACCCAGUAUGAACAUACAUUAUUUUAACUGGCAUGUAACUUGUGGAAAACAUUGAAUGUAUAGAUCCAAGUCUUGUGGAUAGAAUGAUUCUGCCUUUCGUGA